UAUAAUGAAUUCUUCUUUUGCUUAUAUAUAAAUAUAAAAGCGGUACCAUUAAGGUACCACAUUUUAGUACUACUGCAAAAUGAAGAGUUUCAUAAUAAUCGGGCUUUUUGUCGCAAUAAUUGCAUUGGCUUUGGCCGAAGAAGAAAAGUACACGACAAAGUACGACAACGUGAAUAUAGAUCAGAUUAUUCAAAACGAUCGGUUGAUGAGAAGUUACGUCGAUUGUUGUUUAGGCAAGAAAAAAUGUACCAAAGACGGCGAGGAAUUGAAAAAACAUUUAUCCGAAGCCAUCCAAACGAGCUGCGCUAAAUGCAGCGAGGCGCAGAAACGGGGCAGCCGCAAAAUCAUCCGCCACCUUUUGAAGAACAAACGCAGCUGGUGGAACGAACUCCAAGCCAAAUACGACCCGGAGGGCGUCUACGUUAAAAUGCACGCCGAAGAAUUAAAGGCCGAAGGAAUCACCCUGUAGAAUUUAAU